AUGCGUCCUCCAUUCUUCUCUCUCUUGCUGUCGCUGGUCUCCUUUUCAUGGGCCGCCACGGUCACGUACGACCUGGACAUUGGCUGGGUCACGGCCAAUCCAGAUGGACAGGCGGACAGGCCUGUCAUUGGCAUCAAUGGCCAGUGGCCAAUUCCUGUCAUCGAGGUCACCCUUGGUGACAGGGUCGUCAUCAAUGUUGUCAACUCGCUCGGCAACCAGUCCACGUCCCUACACUUUCACGGUUUGUUCAUGAAUGGCACCACGCACAUGGACGGGCCCGUCCAAGUGUCGCAAUGCGCCAUUCCUCCCGGUUCCCGCUUCACCUACGACUUCGAGGUUACUCAACCAGGCACCUACUGGUACCAUUCUCAUAAUAAGGGGCAGUACCCCGACGGCCUCAGAGCCCCCUUCAUUGUCCAUGAUCCUGAUAAUCCCUACAAGGACCAGUAUGAUGAAGAAGUCGUCCUCUCUGUCUCUGAUUGGUACCAUGAACAAAUGCCCGAUUUGGUCUCCUUCUUCAUGAGCAGACAGAAUCCCAGUGGUGCCGAACCGGUUCCUCAGGCUGCCCUGUUCAAUGACACCCAGGAUCUGUCCCUGCCUCUGCAACCGGGAAAGACAUACUUCAUCCGCAUGGUCAACAUUGGCGCCUUUGCCGGGCAAUAUGUUUGGUUUGAAGGCCAUAACAUGACCAUUGUGGAGGUGGAUGGCGUUUACACCCACCCUUCUACAGCCGAAAUGAUCUAUCUGUCUGCCGCGCAGAGAUGCAGCUUCCUUCUUACCGCCAAGAACGAGACGGACACGAACUAUCCAUUCGUGGCGAGCAUGGAUACGACCCUCUUUGACGCGUACCCAGAGGACCUGAACUAUAACGUUUCCGGGUGGCUCGUCUACGACGACAAGAAAUCCCUUCCGAAGCCUGCCUUGGUCGAUUCCUUGGAUGCCGUGUUCGACGAUAUGAAUCUGGUUCCGCAUGACGAUCAGCCUAUCCUAGGCGAGCCUGACCAGACCGUGACCCUCAACACCAUCAUGGGCAACCUUGAUGACGGUGCCAACUACGCCUUCUUCAACAACAUCACUUAUACCCACGCCAAGGUCCCAACCCUCUACACCGCCCUGACAGCCGGCGACCAAGCCACGGACCCCGCGGUAUACGGCACCUACACUCACUCCUUUGUUCUCGAAAAAGACCAAAUCAUCGAUAUCGUCGUCAACAACAUCGAUCCCGGCCGCCACCCCUUCCAUCUGCACGGGCACGAGUUCCAAGCCCUGCACCGCUCCAAAGAGGAAGCCGGUCCUUUCGAAGACUCUAACGUCACAGCAGCCUCCUUCCCGGCCAUCCCCAUGCGAAGAGACACCUUAGUCUUGUACCCGGAUGGGAAUAUGGUUCUUCGCUUCAAGGCGAACAAUCCCGGCGUCUGGUUGUUCCAUUGUCACAUUGAGUGGCAUGUCGUGUCGGGGCUGGCCGCGACGUUUGUCGAGGCGCCGUUAGAGUUACAAAAGACCAUUGAGCUUCCGCAGGAACAUUUGGACAUCUGCGCAAGCCAGGGUAUUCCAGUCACCGGGAAUGCGGCGGGCAAUAAAUUGGAUUUGCUGAAUCUAGAUGGGCAGCCCUCGCCGCCAGGACCGUUGCCAGCAGGGUUUACGGCCCGAGGCAUUGUGGCCCUCGUGUUCAGCUGCCUCAGCGGUAUCUUGGGCGUUGCUGUUCUUGUCUGGUAUGGGCUGGCCGGAGGGGAGAAUGAUCCGGGUCUCAAAACUUGGGCUGCUGAUGUCGAUGCUGCGCCAGAGACUCGAGUGUUGCCUCAGGACGGGGAAAGAACGGGCGAUCACGGUGUCUCCUCCGGCGCAGAUGCAGGAAUUCGAACCUGA